AGUCACUCAUUGAUAUGCUGAGUGUACUAUCUGAACGACUCUUUAUUGUGUGUAAAAAAUAAACUGUGUUUUUCGCCUUUUCCGAUCAGAAAGACGGUGUUGUGUGACUGUAACGUUAAGUGUUACGACAUGGGCAGCGAAAAGAAACCGACCAUCAUAAUUACAGGAUUUGGACCAUUUGGAGAACAUUCUGUCAAUGCAAGCUGGGUGGCUGUACAGAAUUUAAAGCGAAGGAAUCUGUUGCCUCAUCUCGAUGUUCACAUACAGGAAAUUCCUGUAGAUUAUCAGGAAGUCAGCCAAAUUGUACCAAAUUUAUGGAAAGAAAAAAAUCCUCAGCUUGUGGUCCAUGUUGGGGUCUCCGGGAUGGCAAAUAAAAUCACCAUUGAACAGAGAGGUAAUAAUACAGGCUAUGAGAGGAUGGAUGUCAAAGGUCAAAGACCAAAGAAGAAGUGCUGCAUCAAUGAUGGAGAGGAGUGUAUAUUGUCCGGAAUUGACAUGAGUCAAGUCUGUGAUGAAAUAAACAAGGCGGAGAAUGAAUUGGAGGCCGAGGUGUCACACGAUGCGGGAAGGUACCUGUGUGACUUCUCCUUCUACACCUCCCUGUCGAUUGACAGGUCUCGCUCCGCCUUCAUUCAUGUCCCGCCCCUCGGACAACCCUACAGCGAGGACCAGUUAGGAGACGGUUUGGCCAUAGCUGUGUCUGCCAUGUUGAAGCAGCUAACAGAUCAGAAGUCUUCUUGAUCCACUGUAGCAUCUGAAUCUGCAUUGUAUUCUGUGUUUUAAUACCAAAGACUGUGAAGCAAUGCAUAAUCAUUUUUAUCUGUACGUUUUAUUCCCCAACUACAUCUAUUUUAAAUUUGUAAUAUGUAACAGUAGACAUAAAUUGAUUUCCCUGACUAAGAUUGAAAAUCAAAUUGAAAAAGAACUGUGUCAGACUGUUGCAAAACCAAAUUUCUUGUGUGUAAACAGUGUAUAUGUAUUUGAAUUGCAUAUCCCAGAGAAUUUUUCAUCUUACGAAAUAUUGUAAAAAAAAAAGAGGGAAACUUCCCAUUCAAAUCAUACGGAGCUUUUUCAAUGAUUUUUAAUGAUAUUUUGAAGAGUUUUUCAGUGUGCCAUUAAUUUAUUUUGCCACUUGGUAAUUUUUUUAUUGUGUGCAAUAUAUAAUAUUACAUGCAUCAUUUACUUCA